AUGGCGGAGGCCGCUAAGGUCCGAGUCGGCGUCAGGGUGAGGCCCCUGCUGCCGCGGGAGGUGGAGAAAGAUGCCCCUCAGGUCAUCUCCCACCCUUCGGAGAAGCAGGUGCUGAUCGACAACGGCAACGGCAACGCGGCUCCGCACCGCUUCACCUACGACCACGUGUUCCCGGUGCACGCCAGCCAGAGGGACCUGUACGCGAGCACGGCGGCGCAGAUGCUGCAGCCGUUCCUUGACGGCUACAACGUCACCAUCCUAGCGUACGGGCAGACGGGGUCAGGGAAGACGUACACGAUGGGUUCGGAGUGCGGCACCACCGACAAGUACGACGACGAACGGCGAGGCCUCAUCCCCAGGUUCCUGUACGACAUGUUCAUGAACCUGAACGCGGAUGUCGCUCACCGGCUGGAGGCUACGACGACGGCAAGCUUUCUGGAGAUAUACGGAGAGGACGUGUACGACCUGCUUAGCGACGGCCAUGCCCCCGGCACCAAGCGCGCUUCUCUUCCGGUCCUGGAAGACAAGACGGGCGUGUUUGUGAACGGGCUCAGCCAGGUGCCGGUGCUGGGCUGGGAGGCCGCCCUCGACGUCCUGAGCCAGGGCGUGCUCAACAGGACCACCGCCUCCACCCUCAUGAACACCGUCAGCAGCCGCUCUCACGCCGUGUUCACCAUCACCUUGACCCAGACGCUCAAGGAGGAGGCCGAUCCCGAGGGAGAACCUCAGACCGUUACCUCGAAGCUUACCUUCGUGGAUCUCGCCGGUAGCGAGAGGCUAGGUAGGACCGGUGCUGAGGGCCAGCGGAAGAGGGAGGGCAUCCAGAUCAAUCAGGGUCUUCUUGCUCUGGGUAACGUCGUGAACGCCCUGGGAGACGAUCGGUCUGACAAGAAGACCACACACGUGCCGUACCGACAGUCGAAGCUUACCAGGCUACUGCAGGACGCCCUCGGGGGCAACAGCCAGACCCUCUUCAUCGCCUGCGUUAGCCCGGCGGCGGACUCGCUCAACGAGACGGUGGCUGCCCUGCACUACGCUAACCGCGCCCGCAACAUCAAGAAUCGCGUGAUCAAGAAUACGGACGGAGCGAAGGAGGAGCUGAAGAGGCUCCGCAGUACAGCCGCCGCCCUCCAGCUGGAGCUUGUGUGGGAGCACUUCCGGCUAGGUGGAGGGGGGCCGAAUGCCCCCAUGGCGGGAGCGGAAGGGGGGGGAGAGGGGGGGGGUGACCCCGAGGCCACCGGCGGGGCCGCCGGGCUUGGACUGAGCCCAGACGCACAGGCCGAGGAGGUGUUGGGGAGGGAGGAGGUGAAGAACUAUCUCAAGGUGGUUAAGGCGAGAGUCGCUGACCUCGUCCGGAAGCGCCAGACCGCGGGGGUGCCCCUCCUGCUGGGCGGCGGCAAGGGGGGGGACGGCGGAGUGCGCUCUGGUGGGGGUACCGAGGACGCUGGCGGGGGGGUUGGUCCUCUUGAGGGCGAAGAGUUGGAGCACGAUCCAGAGGAGGAGCUGGCGGUUUUGGACCAGCUUAUCGAGUGGCAGAGGCAGACAGGGGAGUACGGGGACGCAGCCAAGGAGCGGUUCGACAUGCUGGUCGGGAAGAUCGGGGACCUCGAGCAGGAGAAGCUUACCCUACUGGAGACCAUGAAAAACGCCACGACGCCGAACGGUUCCGCCAAGGAGUCGAGCAGGGGUGGGGGGGGUGGGGGUGGAAGGGGCACCGCGGAAGCUCUUAGAGAGCGCCUGAAGGGCGUGGAGAGUCAGCUGGCAUCACUGGGAGCCCAGAAGAAGAAGCAGGAGCGUGCCGUCAUGCUCCUCAAGAGGGAGGCCAAGAAGUGCGAGGACCUGCAGGAGGGACUCGGCCAGCUCAAGCGCCAGAAGGUUGUGCUCCAAAAGAGGCAGCAGGAGGCGGCAAAGCGGCACCGGGAGUACGAGCAGCGGAUGUCGAGGGAGAUUCAGGCCAUGCGCAAGAAGAACAGCAAGGACCUCCGGUCGAUGAGCAAGAUGGAGCUCGAGGUCCGCAGGCAGAAGGCCGCCACCGCCCGGAAGACCUCUCAGGUUGGCAAGAUGGGCGACAAGCUCAAGAAGACGGAGGAGCACCUGCUGCGGCUGCUCGCCCUGAGGAAGCAGCAGGGGACUGCCGAUCGAGCGAGGGCCCGCGGCGCUGGCGGCGCCGGCAGGCGGCUAGCGGCGGCGACGGCGGCGUCCAGCAGCAAGGAGAAGGCCACCACCGGAGGCCGAUCCGAGAAGGCGGCCGCCGCUGCCGCAAGCGCCGCUGCCGAGGUCGGCGAAGCCAGGGUCUCUGCGGCGAAGCACCUCCUGGACCAGGCCAUCGCUUCCAAGGUGGAGCGGGCGUCUCUCCGGCAGGACUUCUCGAACAAGAUUCGCUCGUACGACGAGCGGACCUCGCAGCAGGUGUGCAACAUCGGCAUGCUGAGGGACUACCGCGCGCAGCUACGGGAGCUCAAGGCCACCGUCAAGCAGGAGGAGGCUGGUGGUGGCGAUGCUGCUGGCGAUGCUGGCGCUGAGAACGUCGACCCGGGGGCAACGCGAGGCGGCCGCUCGUUCGGGAGCACGGGCGGCAAGGGUCAGAAGAAGGCGGGAGGAGUUCCGGUAGCCGGGAGGCCGUCGUCAACAUCGUCGUCUAUCGGUGGUGACAUGGACACCCUUGACGGCCAAAGGGCUGUACUUGAGGCCCUCAUACAGGAGACCGAAAAGGCUGUGGACGAGACGCAGGAGCGACUCGAGAUGGUCGGGGUGGAGCUGGACGACAUGUGCCGUCGCUUGGGCAUGGGUGACAGCUUCCAGGGUCGGAGUACCGUGUGCGACGACGAGAGCACCAGUGUCGACGGCCGCCGCGACGCCUCCGGCCUGGGGCCCCGUGAGUUCAAGGCUCUGGAGGGGCUGUCCCCCGUGGAGGCCCGGCAGCUGGUGACGUCCCUCGUGGAGGAUGCCACCGCCGCCGGAAUAGGGGAUAUGCUUCGUCGUGAGGAGGCGGCCAAGCAGGCGGCUGAAAUGGCGGAGCUCAGGGACAAGAACAAGUCGAUGAAGGACGAGCUCUUCCGCCUGAGCCAGCGCUACUCCAGGAGGAUGUCUAUGAUGAAAGUGGACCACACGCGGGACAUGGUCCGUCUGUCUAUGCUCGACAGCGUGACCGACUCGAACGAUGCCAGCGACGACAGCUCCUCGUGCUUCGGCUCUCUGUCGGGAGUUGUGCCGGAGGAGGAAGGCGUCACGGCGGGGGGGUCGGACGAAGGGGGUCAUCGCACCCCUGCGGGGCCCCCGGCGGAGGUUCUGUCGGACCGGACGGUGGGGCUUGGACCUGUCGCGGCCAACCUGUUCGCUAGCCCGGUUCCCCGUCAUCUCAGCUCCCGGGCGUCUUGGGGAGGGCCGAGACCCAGCCCCAGGAGCGGGAUGCCUCCCAGCGUCCCGAGCCCGAUAAGCUCAAGGGACGCGUGCGAGGCGUCGGCUAACCGCCGGCUCAGCGGGCAGCACAUGGACAACAUCAUGGCCAGGCAGAGGCAGCUCGAGCUCGGGGCGGAAGCUGAGAAGAAGCGGCUCGAAAAGGUGGUGGAGAGGAACCGGGUGCUAAGUCAAGAUCUGCAGAGGGAGCGCGCCGAACGUCAGCGUGUGCAGGCCCGCCUUGUCACGGCAGAGCGGGGCACCGAGGGCGUGGAAGCGGAGAGCCUCAGGGACACCAUCGCCGCCCUCGAGGGCGUGUGGGGAGAGCUGGGCGUGGCGCACGAUCAGCGGCUGGGCUUGAUGGGCGCCGUUGCUUCCGGGGUGCUGCGUGAGGCCGAGGCCCAGCUCGAAGAGGCGAGGGACGAGCGUGUUUCCCUCGGAGCCAAGAUUGGCUCGCUCCGUGAGGACCUGGGGUCCCUGUGGGCCAUGCUCGGGAAGCUGGGCGACAUAGACGCGAUCAACCAGAGCAUCUCCGAUAAGCCCUUGCGCGCACAGGCCGAGGAGCUGUCGAAGCUGGUGCUAUCCGCCAGCGAGGAGGUUAGCGCGGGUGCUGCUCGCAGGGCCAAGCUCAGGUCCGCCGCUUCCGCCGCCGUUCGGGUGCUUGAUCUCCCGAACGAGGACAUCGGGUCCGAGCUGGCCAGGCUUUUGAACGAGUCGAAGUUCACUCUGCCGAGGGCCCUGAGCAGCGACGAAGAGAUGGUGGCCCUUUCACACGGAGACUCCGGGGAGGGCAGUCAGGAGAAGGAGGAUGGUCACGAGAAGCAGGGUUCCGGAUACCUGGUGGGCGGCGAGGCGCUGUCGAGCUUCGAGAGGGAAGUGAGGACUCUGAGGACCAUGCAGGCCGAGGCUCUCGCAGGUUACCACGAGCUACGCGACAAGGCCCGCGAGGCGGUCCUGCGCAUGGAUCUCUCGGCCAACGAGGCGUUCCUGCUGUGCAAGAGCUUCCACGAAAAGGGCUGGGUGCAAGUCGGAGUUGGAGACGGGGAAGAACGUGGGAGCGGCUACGCCGACGGGGGUACCGCAGAUGGUGCUGGCGAAGAGCUAGACGAGGAUGCGCUGGACUACGCGUGUGCCCUCCUGUGCAGGCCCGGGACCACGCACGUUCACGUGUCCCGCUCCCGCACGCAGCACCUGUACAUGGCCUGGUCCGCCCUCAAGCUGGCGCAAGAGCAGCGGAGGUCGGCUAUGAAGAACGCGCAGGCACUAGUGGAGAGGGCCCACCGUGAGUACAUGGCGGCGUCCGUGCCCCCCGCGGUGGCCGCGGCGGUGGCGGAGCUGGAAAAACAGCGGAGGGAGGGAUCCACGGAGCCCCCGCCGCCGGCCUACGAGGCGUUCCUGGAGGGGCUCUCCGAGGACUAUUCCCCUCUGUCCAAGAGCAUCCUCGAGGCCUUCGAAGCCGAGCUCCUGCGCAUCCGCCACGAGUCCUUAGCCGCCGUCUCCCGGGCGGGCGAGGGUAUCGAGGCCAACCGGGCCACCCUCCGUGAGGCAGGCGGGGGCGCGGCCGCUAAGGGAAAGCGUGCGUCGGAGCUUACCGCCUCUCCGGCCAAUACCCGUGGCCGCAAUAGCAGCGGCAGUAAUGCCUCUCCGUCGUCGUCGAAGGUGGCGGAAGGCCGGGAGGGUGGGGGGUUGGGGGGGGCUGACCUUUCCCCCGUGUCGAUGCUGAGGAUGGUGGACGGUCACCCGGGGACGGAGGAGUGGCUCAAGGAGGUAUCGUCCAACAUUGUGGAGGUGUGGGAGGGCACCCGCGAAGCGCUGACUUCCCUAGCCGUGGACACUGUUCUCUCCAGCUCGCUGGAAAGGAGGGUCACGGCUCUCGAGGGUGUUCGAGCAUCCGACCAAGACAUAUGCCAGCUGGCCCAGAGGAUGGCGGAGCUGCAGUCGACGCUUGAUCCCGCCCGCCUGAGCAAGAGGAACAAGUCUUCGACGCAUCUCUUGGACGCGGAGAAAAACAGGAACGCUUGCCAAGCGGCCUACAUGCGGGCGCUCAAGCGGCUCAAGGAGCAGCUCAAGCACUGGCGCGAGGCGUGCGGCUGCGGCUUCGACCCGAGCUUGCUCAGCGACGUCGCUCGUCAGGCUCUCAACGACCUUCGCCGGGGGGGUGGCGCCGGUGCGAAGAUCGAGCACAUUCUUCCCCACCUCGACAGCAGCGCCAGCAUCACCACCGGCGGCGGCGGCGGCGGCGGCGCCUCUGCUGCCGGUUCGCGACCGACCAGCCCGGACCUGUUCGGCGGCAAGCAAUCUCCCCGACUGUCGCAAGACCCCGCCGUCGCUCCCCAGCAGCCUGCCGUGGAGGCUACUCCUCCCGCUGCCGCUGCUACGAGGACAUCUCCUCCUCCUCCUCCUCCUCCUCCCGAGGCCACAAGCGGCUCAGCGGCUGGGACCGGUGCCGCCGCCGCCGCCGGGGGGGGCGGGGGUGCAAUGCUCUCGAUCGCGAACCCCAGCCUGGUGGCCUCUUCCGCAGCCGCGCCCAUGUCUGCCAGCAAGCUUAGCGGCGGAGGUGUUCAGUCGUUCCGGGGCAGGGGGGGCGCAUUCGGGAUGCUCCUCCACAAGGUUCAGACGACGCAGUCGUCGGCGGGGGGCUCCGUGUCUGGAAGCGGCAGGGGUGGGGGGGUCGCGGUUGGGCUGGGCUCGGACGGGGCGGGGGUGGUUGAGGAUGACGAGGGGUCUAGUGUUUCUGGCGGGGUCCCGCCGUGA